CUCUUUUUCUCACCACCAUUCUGUGAAAGUGGAGGAAAUUAAAAUUGCUUUGAUUUCACCAAAACUAACUCUAAAGGAUUUUUCCUGCUAGCACCCGAUACCCAAGUACAACACAGCUGCUCAAGUGUGCAUCUUAAACUGUCCACGUCACACAACAUUGCAUUCCCGAAGCAUCAUGAGCAAAGUAACUUUUAAAAUCACGCUAACUUCGGAUCCUAAGCUGCCCUUCAAAGUACUUAGUGUUCCGGAGGCGACUCCAUUCACGGCUGUGUUAAAAUUCGCUUCAGAGGAGUUUAAAGUUCCUGCAGAGACAAGUGCCAUUAUUACAGAUGACGGCAUUGGCAUCAGUCCACAGCAAACGGCAGGGAACGUAUUCUUAAAACACGGCUCCGAACUACGUCUUAUACCCAGAGACCGCGUGGGUAUCUUAUAAGCUCUAUAGACUAUUGACUAUUUAGUAUUUUGUUAUAACUCAACGAGAUUCCCAUAAUUAAACAAAGGCAACCCAA